AUGGGUUCCAUCGCCCCCGACGUGCCAACAUUUACUCCGCUCGAACUCAUCGGCCCCCGAGGCUACAUGCGAUACGUGUUCACCUUCCCCUUAGGCGACGACUACGUGCUGGAGGAUGUGUCCAGAGCCCUGAAAGCCGGCUACGACGCCGCAGCCCAGCGCCUCCCCAUUCUAGCCUGCGAGGCCAUCCCCGACCCGACCGCCCGACAGGAUAGUGUAAUGAAGCUGCAGAUGCUAGGACCAAAUGCAGAAGAGCCUAUAUUAGUAAAAGACCUCCGAAUGCAGGACACACUCCCAAGCUAUGCCGAGCUCAAAGCCCAACACUUCCCGGUGGCCGCCUUCGACGCCGACACAUUGUGCCGCCGUGACAUCUGGCCGACAGAUCUAGGCGAACAUCUACCCAUCUCGCUCGUCCAAGCCAACUUCAUCCGCGGUGGAUUGAUCCUCACAUGGUGCAUCCUGCACAUGGCCGGCGACGGCAACUCCUUCCAGACAUGGAUGCGAGUUUGGGCAGAGGAAUGCCGUCGCGCACAAGGCGUGAAAAUUACUGACCCUGUCGUACUCCCACCAGCUAUCUUCGCAGACCGUGAGAAAGUCAUGCGCUCUUCAGGCCGUAAUCCAGGCCGAAUAGAAGAUCACCCCGAGUACGUCGUCCUCCCGUUCAAGCCGCCCGAAGGCCUGCCGCCAAAGAUGCUGGCCAAGAACCACCGCGCUCAAGUCUUCUAUUUCUCUCCGGAGGCUCUGGCCGCGCUAAAGAAGGAAGCAUCCCCCAAGAAUGCCUCUGAGCCGACAGACGUGCCCUGGAUUUCGACCAAUGAUGCCUUGUCCGCGUUGCUGUGGAGGACAGUAAUGGCCGUCCAGUGGCCCCUCGAAACCCUAGAAAGCGUCAAUCAGGAUCAAGAAUCAUUUUUCAACAUCGCCCUGAACGGCCGCUUACGAACUGAUCCCCCCGUCCACCCGAACACACUUGGCUGCUUCCUUGAAUACAUCGGGGUGUCGAUGCCCGUGCACAAGAUGCUCACUUCCGCCCAGUUGGCCGAUCUAGCUGUCUUGAUCCGCCAGGCACUGCAACGAGUGAGCAACCAGCACACAGACGACGUAAUUUCCCUGAUCGAGCAGCUCGAUGAUAUUAGGAAGAUAUUCCCGGCCUCGCUGGUUGACCUGCCUGGGUUCAAUUGCAUGCUGACUUCGUGGGUUGACUUUGCAUUGCAUAAUUUGGAUUGGGGAACAUUGCUGGGAGGUCAUAUCGAGUCGGUGCGGGCGCCGCAUGUCGGGGUUAUAAAUGGUUUGCAGGUGGUGUUGCCCAAUCCGCGGGAGGGCGGGAUGGAGGUUCUGGUUGGGGUGGCGGAUGGAUGUUUGGAGAAGCUGCUCAAUGAUCCGCUGUGGAUGAAGUAUGCAGUGGCGCGGUGA